ACUUAGCCGUUGUUCGUUUAUGGUACGCCGAUAACAAAACUCGUUGAUCCACCAUAAUCAUAAUAUUUUUAAUAACACAGUGAUAUUAUUGAAAAAGUUCGAUUCGGAUGCGUUUUGAUAAUAGACGUGAUACUACCGUAUAAAUGACCGGUGUCGUCGGUUCAAUUAGUAUUGUACUACCGUUUUUUUAUUCUCUUUGGUUUUUUAAUAGUUGCAUUCGCGAUAUUUUAGGCUUUACGUACCUAUAAGACCUAAGUGUAUUAUAUAGCACACUAUCACCGUUUUUGGAUUGUACCAGACAAUAAACUUUGCUGCAACGAAUGCGAAUACAGUCUUGACAUUUUCUGGUUCGUAGAUUAAAGAGCCGAAAACAGAACGUAAAAGGACGAUGAACUUUUUCAAAAUACUGUACACAUCUAUACUUUACGUAUCAGUUUUGAAAUAUUCAGAAUCAUUGCAGCCUAAAGAAGUACCAUUCAAAUUUGAAAAUGGAAAAUCGGACAAACAUAUACUUGAUCAUUUAUUGAAUGCUGACAUCUAUGACAAGCGAUUAUUACCACCGUCAUAUGGUCCUUCAAUAGUCAACGUCAGCGUGGUGUUAUUUACAUUGUCAUCCCCUGAUGAAUCAAGUUUGAAAUACGACAUCGAAUUUCUGCUUCAACAAGAAUGGUACGACUCACGGCUGCAGUAUCCAAAUCACACGGCUUUCAGCGUUCUAAACGGCAUCCACCACCACGGUGACAUAUGGCUGCCAGACACGAAUUUUCACAUGCACGGUGACUUUAAGCCUACCCAGCGGCCUAUACGGUUCACUCUGAACGUGUACGGCGAUGGCCGGGUUGAGUACACAACCAGGCGUCAUCUGAUGUUAUGUUGCGAAGGAUCAAUGAACAUAUUCCCAUUCGAUCAACCACUGUGUACAUUUUCCAUGGAAAGCAUAUCGUAUGAAAAGUCUGAUUURAAGUAUGUCUGGAAAGACAAUAAUUUUGUUUUAUUAAAGUCACCUAAUCUGAAAACUUCAAAUGCUUACUUGGAACGAAAUCGGACCUAUGAAUGCGCCUCUACCGGAAGUUGGAGGGGUAAUUACAGUUGUCUACAAGUGGAAAUGAUAUUUAGUAGAGAUAGAACGUUUUACUUCGCUACUAUUUUCAUACCAGGGUUAAUCUUAGUCACCUCCUCAUUCAUCACAUUUUUCCUAGAAUGGGAUGCAGUACCAGCGAGAACAAUUAUUGGCGUUACGACAAUGUUGAAUUACUUUACAACCUCCAACAGUUUCCGYCGGACCCUGCCAGACGUAGCUAAUUUGACUGCUAUGAAUGUUUGGGACGGAGUUUGCAUGUGUUUUGUAUUUGCCAGUUUUGUAGAGUUUGUAAUAGUGAAUUGUACGGGGAGGAGAGUAGUCAAGUCAAACGCUUCGAGUAACGCAGGAAGUUGCAGUAUUUCAAAGAAGAUUGCCAAAGAAUUUAAAUGUCCAGAAUGUGCUCAAAAUGUAUGUUCACAUUCGCUACUCAUAGAUGUCGUCCCGAAAGUGAACGAAAAGGUCACGACGAAACCAUCUGACCAAGUCCGUUUGGCCAAGACGAUCGACAUGGUGGCAAGAUUUACGUUUCCUUCAGUGUUCGUCAUGUUUUUGGCGUUUUUCUUUUUCUACUACUCGGUGGAUUCCAACAACCGGGGAAUAUCCRUCGGCACCACCGAUUGAAUUAAUUUCUAACGAUCCCAGUGAUCUAGAGCAUACCGUUAAGUGUAACCGGAGUAACCCCCGUMUUUACACACAUAACCACCCAUCAUAGGAUGACCUGAUAAAAAUACAGCAAAAAACGAGGAGUCCGUGGUCAUGGCCACAUGUUAUUUAUACGAAUAAAAUAUUCUGAGUCUCACUUCGUUUGUCCCCAAAUCAUAUUUAAAUUUAAAUUUAUAUUUUUGAAAUAAGAUCUCAGAAAACCAACUAUGGGGGUCUCGAUGACUUUUAUUUAUUAAUUUUAUUCAUCUGGUUUCCCUAAAUUUUAAAUUAAAAAUAAAAUUCUUGCUUCUUAAGAAUGGACAUUUCAUAAAAUCUAACAUUAGUGUAAAUAUUUAACGUUUGAUUUGUUCGUUUCUAUUAAGCAGUAUUCGAAUAGUUGUAUAAGUUGUAAGGUUGAUAAAAUACACCAUUGUAGAUACCUAUUUAUAUAUUAUACAAUAAUGUAAUUAUUGUAAUUAUUAAUAAUGAACAUAUUAACUCAGCGAA